ACGUAAUUUUGUAGAGGUGUGUGUGUGUGUGCCAGUAUUUAUAUAUGUACUUACUACAAAUAUAUAGCUAAAAAUUGAACAACGAAAUGGCCGCUGCAUUUAGAAAAUUCAAUUAGAGCGCGUUUAAGCAUAACAUUUGUUGUUGCUUUUUUGUUUGUUUUUUUGUUGGAGAAAAAUGCAUUUGUAUCCAGUUUACAUUUAUGUGGUGUUAUUUUUAAAAUAUGCCCUCGCCAUUGCCGCUGAGGGGCACACGAAAAUCACAGUGGGUGCUAUUUUCUAUGAAAAUGAAAAGGAAAUCGAAAUGAGUUUCGAUCAGGCCUUUCGCGAGGUCAAUAAUUUAAAGUUCUCCGAUCUUCAGUUCCUGACGAUCAAACGUUAUAUGCCCACCAACGAUAGUUUCCAGCUGCAACAGAUCGCUUGUGAACUAAUUUCUAAUGGCGUAGCGGCUAUUUUCGGACCAAGUUCAAAGGCAGCUAGUGAUAUUGUUGCGCAAAUCGCAAACACGACCGGCAUUCCACAUAUAGAAUACGAUUGGAAACUCGAGGCUACGCGCCAGGAGCAUUUGAAUCACCAAAUGACGGUUAAUGUGGCGCCCUCCUUAUCCGCAUUGUCGCGUGCCUAUUUCGAGAUUAUCAAAACCAACUACGAGUGGCGCACAUUUACGCUAAUCUAUGAAACGCCAGAGGGGCUCGCUCGCUUACAAGAUCUUAUGAACAUACACGCCCUGAACACGGACUAUCUCAAGUUGCGCAAUCUGGCCGAUUAUGCAGAGGAUUAUCGCGUCUUAUGGAAGGAGGCAGAUGAAACAUUUCAUGAACAUCGCAUUAUUUUGGACUGUGAGCCAAAAUCGUUAAAGGAACUGCUGAAAAUCUCCGUUGAUUUCAAGCUUCAAGGCCCAUUUCGAAAUUGGUUUCUCACCCAUCUGGAUACGCACAGUUCGGGCUUGAAGGAUAUUUAUAAUGAAGACUUCAAGGCGAACAUAACAUCGGUACGCUUGAAAAUUGUCGAUCCCAAUCCCUAUGAGCGCAAGAAAACGCGCAUCACCAAAGUGGAUCAAAUACUUGGCAGCCAAAUGAUGUUGCCCGUUCUUAUCUAUGAUGCGGUGGUGCUGUUCGCCAAUUCGGCGCGCAAUGUGAUCGCUUCCAUGGAACAGUUUUAUCCGCCCAACAGCCACUGUGGCCUGGGCUACGGCAAUGCCUGGAUAAUGGGAGGCUAUAUAGUGCAAGAAAUGAAAACCAUAUCGGAGGAUGAUGUUGAGCCGCAUUUCAAAACCGAGAACAUGAAAAUUAAUGAGUAUGGACAGCGUACACAUUUCAAUCUGGAGAUCUAUAAGCCCACGGUUAAUGAACCGUUGAUGGUCUGGACGCCAGAUAAUGGCAUUAAAAUACGUCGACUGAAUCCGGAGCUGGAAAGCUCGGCAGCCACGCCGGAUUUCUCGGUGCAGCGCAAGGUCUACACGGUGGUGACACAUCAUGAGGAGCCGUACUUUAUGAUGAAGGAAGAUCACGAGAACUAUAGGGGACAGGAAAAGUAUGAGGGCUAUGCCGUCGAUCUGAUUAGAAAGCUGUCCGAGCUGAUGGAGUUCGAUUAUGAGUUCAUGAUUGUCAAUGGCAACGGCAAAUACAAUCCCGAGACCAAGCAAUGGGAUGGCAUUAUACGCAAGCUCAUAGAUCAUCAUGCCCAAAUUGGAGUCUGUGACCUGACGAUUACCCAGCUGCGCCGUUCGGCAGUGGAUUUUACGGUGCCCUUUAUGCAGCUGGGCAUUAGCAUAUUACAUUACAAGAGUCCGCCGGAACAGAAGAAUCCAUUUGCUUUCUUGGAGCCCUUUGCACCAGAGGUCUGGAUCUAUAUGAUUUUUGCGCAGCUCGUGAUGACGUUGGCCUUUGUGCUGAUUGCCAGACUCUCCUAUCGCGAGUGGAUGCCGCCAAAUCCGGCUAUUGUCGAUCCAGAUGAGCUGGAGAAUAUAUGGAAUGUGAAUAACAGCUGCUGGCUUAUGGUGGGCUCCAUUAUGCAACAGGGCUGCGAUAUAUUGCCCAGGGGUCCACACAUGCGCAUUUUAACUGGCAUGUGGUGGUUCUUCGCACUAAUGAUGCUCAGCACUUAUACAGCAAAUUUGGCUGCCUUUUUGACCAGCAACAAGUGGCAGAGCACCAUCAAGAGCUUGCAGGAUCUGAUUGAACAGGAUGAGGUCAAGUUUGGCAGCAUGCGCGGCGGCAGCACCUCGUUAUUCUUCUCCGAAUCGAAUGACACGGACUAUCAGCGUGCCUGGAAUCAAAUGAAAGGCUUCAAUCCCUCUGCAUUUACCAGCAACAACAAGGAGGGCGUCGAUCGUGUACGCAAGGAGAAGGGCAACUUUGCCUUCCUCAUGGAAACCACCAGCAUGACCUACAACAUUGAACGCCACUGCGAUUUACGACAGAUUGGCGGGCAAAUUGGUGAAAAGCAUUACGGCCUGGCCGUGCCAUUGGGCGCCGACUAUCGCACCAAUUUGAGCGUGUCGAUUCUGCAGCUCAGCGAGAAGGGUGAGCUCUAUAAGCUGAAGAACAAAUGGUGGAAGAAUCACAAUGUGACCUGUGAAUCAUUUCACGAGGUAGAUGGCGAUGAGCUGUCCAUUAUAGAGCUGGGCGGUGUGUUUCUGGUACUGGUUGGUGGACUACUAACUGGCGUCAUUUUGGGCAUCUUUGAGUUUCUGUGGAAUGUGCAGAAUGUGGCCGUGGAAGAGCGUGUCACGCCCUGGCAGGCCUUAAAGGCCGAGCUGAUGUUUGCCCUAAAGUUUUGGGUGCGCAAGAAGCCGAUGCGCAUAUCGAGCAGUAACAGCAGCGGCGGUGACAAAUCCUCCAGACGCUCCUCGGCGUCCCGGCGCAGUUCCAAGGAGAAGACACGCAGCAAGACGGCCAGUUAGUGAAUAAGUUGGAGAAUUUAGUUAAGUUUCUGAAUUGCACUCGAGUUGAAUAAACCAUUUCGUUUUCU